AUGAACGGGGAGACCUGCGUGUCAUAUUGUGAUAUAACGAGUAUGGAUUCAUAUUAUAACCCAACUCCGCAGGAGAGAGAGCAUCAACACUCUCCUUUUAGAACAUUCCAGCCAAGUGACAAGUUCGGCCCCAACUUCCUGGCCAACAAAGGCCAAAGCUAUGGUGACAAGUCGAGGAACCCCUUCCAUCAGGAAUGCGAGCCAUUGGACACCAACGUUCAAAACCCCACCGGCGACAGCGCCUUUAACAAGUAUCUCUAUAUGCAGAGCGCUGGCAGGACGGCCAAGUCCCCUGCUCAAAACAAGAAGAUUCAAGAAGCCAGCCACAACGGCGCCUUGAUACCCUGCUACGCUAAAGACAGCCCACUGGGAGAGUCGGAGUUGCCCCAGAGCUCAGACCCUGCAGUGAUGGAGAGCCCCUACCUCAGUGUUAAAGAGGCAGCAAUGAAAGGAGCCAACAACGAGCUGCCCAGUGCCAUGGAGAAAGGUGACAACGACAGCAACAAGGGCAAGAAACGUAGGAACAGAACCACCUUCACCAGUUACCAGCUGGAGGAACUGGAAAAGUUUCCAAAAGACUCAUUACCCGAUGUUUAUGCCAGGGAACAGCUCGCACUGAGAACUGACUUGACAGAAGCCCGAGUGCAGGUUUGGUUUCAGAACAGAAGAGCUAAAUGGAGGAAGAGAGAACGUUUUGGACAGAUGCAACAAGUUCGGAGUCACUUCUCCACUGCCUAUGAAUUACCCAUUUUAACCAGAGAGAACUAUGCACAGAUUCAAAAUCCAUCUUGGAUUGGUAACAAUGGUGCCUCCUCUCCAGUGCCAGCCUGUGUUGUGCCCUGUGAAACAGUUACAUCUUGCAUGUCCCCACACGCACACGCACACGCUCCAGCUGGGGUGUCCGACUUCCUAGGUGUUUCUGCCCCUGGCAGCCAUGUGGGACAGGCACAUAUGGGUGGUCUCUUUGGCACCGCUGGGCUUGGGGCUGCCAUCAACACAUUUGACAUCAGUAAUGAACCAGAUCGAAAAUCGUCUAGCAUUGCAGCCUUAAGAAUGAAAGCCAAGGAGCACAGUGCUGCAAUAUCUUGGGCUACAUGAUUGACUUAAUGUUACAUACUCAAACACUGAAAAUAAUACAUUAUUACAUUAUGCUGGACUGAAGACAUAACAGAACAUGGAGAUUUAUAUGCAGCACUUUUCCUAUUAUAGGUUGGUAGGAUUAGAAUGGAGGUUUACUUCUAUUUAGAAAUAUUUAUAUUAUACCUUUUUGCUGUACAAGAGCUACCCUGUAAACUAUUCAAAAACAGUUUCAUUUGAAAGUGAUAUCCUAUUUAGUUUUAAGUAGUUAAAGCUUGUAAAUAAAAUCUAUAAUAGAAACAUUAAUUCUGCAAUUAGAAUUCAACAAAUUUCAAAGGAAACAGCUCUUUGAAGAAGUGUAUCUAACCACAUACAUGAUGAGUAUGAAACCUUAAGCACAUGGAAAUGGACUAUUUUAUGGAAUAGACACAAGCCAAUUAAAAUGAUUCUCCUGCUGAAUAGCUUAAGCAUUAUUCUGAUAGGACCUUAACGAGAAAAGGUAAACCCAUCCAGACUGAAGAACCAAUGAGGUGCAAAGUGAGAAGUACUUUUUAUUCUAUGUUGAAUGAAUUAGAACUAAUCUAUUAGAUUCUGAAAAUCUUUACAACUUGUAAAUUUUGGUAAGUAUAUCACAUUAUUCUGAUUGAACUUUUUAAAAAAAAGUUUCCAUUUACAAACUGUAAAGGAUUUCCUUCUUGCCACAUUAGUUUAAGUCCUGUUUAUGAUAGGGUCCUCAUUAACACACGAUAUUGGCUGUGAUUCCUUCAGAUAUGAGUUUAACUUUGAUGGUAAAUUUUGAUAAAACAAACUGGAUAUCACAUUCAAAUCAUUCGUUAAGUUGUUAAUUCUGCAAAAAACAUUUACUUGAUUUUAAACAUUAAAAAACCUAUGUGACUAGUCCUAGGCACUGACCUAUAGUAGAAACAGUAGUUUAAGAUCUUGCAAAGUUUACACAAUUUAAAAACAAAAGACAAGAAAACGUCUUACAAAUAAACAAAAAAAUGUUUUGUGUACUGUGCUAAUAUACCAAAAGUGAAAUGUUAUAGUUUUAAAUGUAAUUAUCUUUUGCAACAAUCACGCCCAUUGCUAUUACUUAUACUACUGAAGCAGAAGGUUGAAGUUCAGAGUAAUAUAUCUGUUUGGGUGUGUUGUGUACUUUUGCUGAAAUAAAGUCUUGAGACUAUUACUGUUAUAAUUUGUUGUAAAAUAUUUUAACCUUGUAAACUCCUUUAGCUUUAAUUGCCUUGUUUUAAAUAUAAUAGUAGCAAAGGGUGCAAUUAGAAUACAUUCAAUAAAAAGUGUUACUGCAUCCAAAGUAGUGUUUAUCAUUACUGUGAGAAUUUAGCAAACUCAUAAUUUGCCUGUUAUAUUGUUUUAUGAAUAAGUUAUUGCACUUGGUACCAUGUUUUGCAUAUGUAAUUUCUUAGGAAACUGUAAGAGUG